AGCUGACGCAUUGCGGAAAUUCACGGAAGGAGCAACACAAUUUUUGCGGGCUCGCCAAAUUUGUCCGUUUCGGCCGAUUUGUGGGAGGAUGCGAUUCGACUGAACGCCGAAAUGUCGAACGGUAGCAAUGGAAAUGACAAGCCGCCGAACCACUACCUGCACGAGCUGCCGCAGAGCGAAGAGGAGCGGCUCGAGGGCCUCUUCAAGCGGCUGGACAUGGACGGCAACGGCCGCAUCGACAUUCGAGACCUGACGCAGGCCCUCCAUGACACCGGCGUCCACCAGGGAUACGCACAGAAAUUUAUCGAGCAGUCUGAUCAAAACAAGAGUGGUGAUGUCAGCUUGGCGGAAUUCAUACAUUAUGUGCGGGAGCACGAGAAGAAAUUGCACCUUCAGUUUCACAGUCUGGAUGUUAACAAAGAUGGAAAAAUUGACAUGGACGAGAUGGUGGUUGCAUUUAAGCAGCUAGGAAUUGAAAUCAACCGGGACGAAGCAAAAAAUCUUUUACAGAGAAUGGACACCGACGGAACUUUGGACAUUACUUUUGACGAGUGGCGCAAUUACUUGUUGUACGCACCAAGCACAGACAUCAGGGACAUCAUCAGCUAUUGGAGGCACUCCACGUAUUUGGACUUCGGCGAGGACAUGAACGUGCCGGACGACUUUACGCAGAAGGAAAUGCUGACCGGCAUGUGGUGGAGACAUUUGGUCGCCGGCGGAGUGGCCGGCAUGGUUUCGCGAACCUUCACAGCACCGCUUGACAGACUCAAGGUGUUUCUGCAGGUCCACGGGACGAAACAGACAAAAUUGGUGAGCUGCUUGCGCAACAUGUUGGCCGAGGGUGGCGUUUGGAGUUUGUGGCGGGGGAACGGCAUCAAUGUUCUCAAAAUCGCACCCGAAUCGGCCUUCAAGUUCAUGGCUUACGAACAGGCAAAGCGGGUGCUGCGCGGCAACUCCUCCAGGGACAUCUCCAUCUACGAACGAUUUGUGGCCGGUUCCUUUGCCGGAGGCUUCAGUCAAACUAUAAUUUAUCCUUUGGAGGUGCUGAAAACAAGACUGGCGCUGAGGAAGACUGGACAGUAUAGUAGUAUUGCCGAUGCAGCUAAGAAGAUUUAUGCCAAAGAGGGAUUUAGAAGUUUUUAUAGAGGUUAUAUACCAAAUCUGUUGGGAAUUAUUCCUUACGCCGGCAUUGAUCUAGCCGUUUACGAGACCCUGAAGAAUUAUUACCAACGCCAAACAGACUCACAAGGAAAUCCAGGAGUGCUCCUUUUGUUAGCCUGCGGCACCACCAGUUCAACUUGUGGCCAAAUAGCAUCCUAUCCAUUAGCAUUAGUCAGAACCAGGCUUCAAGCACAGACGAUGGUAGCAACGACUGCUGGUGUUGCUCCAGCGCAACUCACCAUGAUGGGCACCAUUCGCAGCAUCAUCCAGCAAGAUGGCUUGACCGGCUUAUACCGUGGCAUCGGUCCCAACUUCCUCAAAGUGGCGCCCGCCGUCAGCAUCAGCUACGUGGUGUACGAAAGGUGUCGCCAGGCACUCGGCGUCAACAUGACGUAAACGACUUUAUCCCAUUUAAGUUAUUCGAAAUAUUAUUUUAUUAUUGGCAAGAGUGCUGGUUGUGAUAAAAUAUAAGUGGUGAAAUUCGAGCGUAGACUUUGCAGGACCUUAAUUUACUUGUGUCGCUUUCGCUUUUGAAGGAAAUUAAUAGGGAAAGCGACGCCAAAACAAACAAAGACUGAAUACGUAGCUCGACGGACUAUUCAGUCGCCCGAUACUUAACAGAAAAAUUAGGCCUGCCCUAUGGAGAUGUGAAUAUCUGUGAAGAAUCAAAAUUUCAACCAACCGUAUUGUCAGUAGUCUUCGAUUUUUAAUUAUUAACGUUGCCUUCAUUUCCCGCAAGUGUCAAACACUGCGUGCUUUAUUUUUUUAAUUUCAAAUGACAGACGCGACUUUUGAGUAGAGAGACUUCCUUAGUUGAUCGGAGUUAAUGCCCAAUGAAAAUAAAUAAAGUUAACUCCGACCAACGGCUUGCUCUUCCAAUUAUCCAUCUCUACUAUUUUUUUUUUUAACUC